AUGGAUAAAAACAACAGCGGAUUAUCACUCCAAUCGAUGGAAUCUAAAUCAUGGUUUCCACGUGAAGAUUCUACUGAAAGAAUCGUAAGUUCCGAGAACAAGGAGCUGAAUUGGACCGUCCAACGUAUACUUAUUUCUGCAAUAGACACGAUUAAUCAUAUAUUGAUUGGAUUGGUGACAUUAUAUAUUGUAUAUCACGCAACAAAGGAAUAUUCCGUAACAAAUGUACAUGUAAUCCUCUGCACUAUCGGUUACGUUCUGUUGAUGUCGGAGGCAAUUCUUGUCCUCGCCAAUGACAACAUGUUGACCGCUUCUUUGUCGCGUCCCGUCAAAAAACAUCUUCAUUGGAUUCUUCAAGUUACUGGGCUAAUCCUGAUUUUUAUCGGCAUAGGCGUGAUGUAUAACAGCAAAUCAGUGCACUUCCUCUCAAACCAUAGUAUUGCAGGCAUCUCUUCAUUGAUUAUCAUCUGUGUAGUAGUUCUCUUCGGAUAUCCGGUAUGGAUCGCAUGGAAACUUCGAAAGUUUGUACGACCAAUGAUUAUCAAAUUUCUUCAUAAUAUUUUGGCUAUCACCGGCUUUAUCAUCGGUAUGGUUUCUCAAUGUUAUGGUUACAAAAAAAGCUGGGUAUAUCGUGAAACGAAAAUGAAGCAUGCCGACGAUACGUUACUUGUUCUCACGAUAUUGAUCACGAUAUUAUCUUUAAGGAGUGCGCUCAACUCUCUUUAUAGACAAGCUGUCAAUUAUUUGAAAUUAAUUUGCUCUUUUACCUAAUAUUCAAGAAUGUUGAAGUGCUAAA